CUCUUUGGUUGGAUUCUCAAAUGCACGUAAUCUUCUCGAAAAUUGUGUUAUUCGAUCAUGCGUGAUUUUUGAAAAGUCACAUUCGACAUGAAGUGCUAAAGGAGGGCAGUAGUGGAUCGGAGGAAGAUCGAUGAUCUGUGAUUGACUUGUACGCCUGGAAAGAGAGAGAGAGAGGGAGCAAGAGAGAGAGGGAGAGAGAGCCGAGCAGAAGUUUCCUGCUGGAUGACACUCGCGCCCCCAGAACUCCGAGAGACGCCAAAGGCUGCAGGUCCAACUUUUUUUUCGUCCUUUCGCUUUUGCAUUCUAGAACCAUGCGUGUGUUGAGUCCUCGGCGACGCGAGUGCAACCAAGUUCUGGUGCGGUUCUAGAGUGUCGGGUGCGGUGGGCUCUCAAAGAGGAGACCAUCUCGGCAGGAGGGGAGGAGGGGUGCACGAGAAGGAUGACUUUAGGGACGGAUAUGUCCGACAGCUCUGCAUUGUCCGAUGAUGUGGACAUUGACGUGGUCGGGGGGGAUCUGUCCGUCGGGAAGGACGGGAAGUACCUGCACCACGAUUUCAACCUGGACUCCGAUGAUAAUUACUCCCAGAACGCCGAGGAAGGGGCGUCCUCGCCGGGCCUGAGCAGCUCCGACUGCCCGGCGGAGCAGAUGGGAAUCGGCGCCGAGGCCGGGGCGGUUCUGGUGGGCGAAAAAGCAAGGAAAAGUGCCCUGGUGAAACCCCCUUACUCCUACAUCGCGCUCAUCACCAUGGCCAUCCUGCAGAGCCCCAAGAAGAGACUCACCCUCAGCGAGAUCUGCGAGUUCAUCAGCAACAGGUUCCCCUACUACCGCGAGAAGUUCCCCGCUUGGCAGAACUCCAUCCGGCACAACCUCUCACUCAACGACUGCUUCGUGAAAAUCCCACGGGAGCCCGGCAACCCCGGCAAGGGCAAUUACUGGACGCUGGACCCGGACUCGGCGGACAUGUUCGACAACGGGAGCUUCUUGCGCAGGAGGAAGCGCUUCAAGAGGAACCAGGGCAACGAGAUCCUGCGGGACGCCGGGGGCUUCCUCCCCGGCUUCGGAUACAGCCCGUACGGAUACAGCUACGGACUUCAGCUGCAGAACUUUCACGCCGCGCACAGCCCGUAUCACCCGCACCACCAUCCGCACGCGGGGGGCUCCUUCCCGUUCCCCAACUCGCCGUGCACCUUGCCCUCGCCCAUCUUCCCCGCCGGGCCCCCUCCUUUGCCCGACCUGAGGAAGCCCUUCUACCCGACCCUGGCGCCCGUCAAGACGGACUCGAGCGCCCCGAGUCGACCGUCCUUCUCCAUCGACAACAUCAUCGGCGCGGCCAACACCGCCGCGUCGUCGUACGGCGCGCAGCCGGCCGGGCAGGCGCACAUCCUGGCCAUGCUCAGCCCGGCCUUGGGCUCGGCUUCCAACCACUUGAGCCUGGCGCAAGACUUGUUACAGCCCGGCACACACGGGCAGCAGACUUUCCCCAGCAAAAACUUGAACACUUGCCCUUUCUGAAGAAGAAAAAAAAAUACUGCCCUGAACUGAACGUAUUUUUCUUACGAAAAAGCCAAAUGUGGUGUGGUCCUAUAUGUGAAGGUAGGCUGAACGUUAUUGGGGGGGCGGGAGGGGGGGGGGGAUAAGUAUUGUGUUUUGACUCCAUAAGAGGGUUUAUUUAUGCUUUGUAAAUAGGUGCAUUUGAAGAAGCAACGAUUCAUUUAAACAGGCCUAUACCCGGCCUCCAUUUUGUGUUGUAAACGAAAAUAACACCUUAAAUUCAACUUGUCACCACGAGGAGUGGGUUUUAACAUUUUUACGUUACAUUUUGUGUUUCUAAUAGUGUGGUGACACAUGAAACAGACAACUCAGGUUUUAAACUUAGAAAAGCAAAGGAAAAAAAAAUAGCAGCACCCCCAAAAUCUCCCGUACAAAGUGAUUUUUUUUCCUUGGUUGUUUUAAAUAUUUUGUUAUUGGUUAAAAAAAAAGCACAUUACCUCCAUUCAAACUUGUUUCAUGGUUGUAUUUCACAUACAGUUUCAUGUCAUGUGUUGCCAAUAGAAAAAGACAAAUGUUCAUUAUAGGUCAUUUUUUUGGGCUGUAAUGACAAAAAUAAUAAAUGUUUUGUGGAUUUGAAAGGAAGAAAUCUACUUCUAUUCUUUUCAUUGGAUGAACAGUUAAAUGAAAUUAUAUGAUGAAUUGGGAUUGUGAGGAAGGGGCUUUCACUCAGACAACAUUUCAUUUAAAUAUGUCAAAAACAUCAGUGGGUGUGCGGGUGGGGGCCAUGCAUUCAUCCCGUUUGUGGCUCUUGCUUUUCUUACAAAAAAAAAAAGAGAGACCCCUUUUCGAAAGGGCCUAUGAGGGAAAACUUGGUGGUUUGUAAUUGAAAAUGGACAAUAUCCCCCAUAAGCUCUUUAGAUUUUGUGGAGCGAAUUACGGGGACUUUCGUUGCUAAUUUGUAGCAGCAUUUUCAUUGGGGCUCCUAAUCCAGCGUUUGUUGAUGUUGUCAGCGAGGACCCCCGGGGACUCAAUGCGCGCACAGCGAGGUGUCCCCCUUUGGCGGGCCCAGUGCAGCCACACACGCAUUUAGGAGUCUUGAAAAGCAAAGUUGUCAAAGGGCCCUCGCGUUUGCAAAGGGGCCGCUUUCAUGUCAUCGGCGUUGUCUGGGAACACGAAUGAAAAAGAAGCAGUUGGGGGGAACCCCCCGAAACAGGCCCAGUGGUCUUUUUUGAACCGAGCAUGUUUGUGGACAGAGGAGCUUGCAAGCGAGGAUUUGGCUUUUGUGCGCAAACGUGCGGACAAAUUAGUUUGCGGGUGUUUUGACACGUGAUUAUUGCGGAUGAAAGGCGAGGGAGCGAUGACCCGUCUUGUCCGUCCUGUGGCGCAACAUCGGCGCUUUUCAAAGGCUUUGAAACGAAAACCAACACAUGUUCGCUUCUUUAGUUUGCAAGCACAGUUCUGCUGCUGGAGCAAAAUGGACCAAUGAGACGCGUUUUCUUUUGCAUCCUCCUCCCCUCCAAA